AUGCAGAACAUGAAUGAGCAUCACUUGGCCGAUUUAGAAGAAGGAUCGGGGGGGACUCCCAACAAGAGGAACAACCCAGAAAAGGAGCCCCCCUCAAAGGGGAAGACAAAUAAAGAAGUCCAGCGACGAGGCCCUCCACCGCAUUCGCCGCGGCGGUGUCAGAAGGGAGGUACCGUCGAUCCGGAGGGAGGCGACAGCGUGAGUGGUAAUGGCGGAGUGAGUGAUGGCCCAGAGAAUGGUCGCGGCGUGAAUAGCAAGGGGGUGAACCCAGAACAGGAAGAACCGCCCCCUGGGGGGCUUCAAAGGGGAAGCUGCCAGACGGGCGCCACCGUCAGUCAGAGAGAUGACCCCAACGAGAAUGACCCCCGCAGUGGUUCCAAUGAGAAUACAGGUGCAGUCGCGUCACAGGUGCGGAGCCAGGUGAGCCACGGGGAGGUACCUAGCAAGGGGGAGGCGCUGGUGGGUGGAGAAACACCAGGUGAGGACAAUUCUAUCGAAGAAGCACCCAGUGAAGUGACAAGCGAAGAGAACCCGUCCGAGGAAAAAUCAUCCGAGGAAAAUUCGUCGGAGGAAAAUUCGUCGGAGGGAAAGCCGUCGGAGGGAAAGCCGUCGGAGGGAAAGCCGUCGGAGGAAAAUCCGUCGGAGGGAAAGCCGUCGGAGGAAAAUCCGUCGGAGGGAAAGCCGUCGGAGGGAAAGCCGUCGGAGGAAAAUCCGUCCGAGGAAAAUCCGUCCGAGGAAAAUCCAUCGAGGGAAAAUCCAUUGCCGGAAAAACCGCCGGGGGAAAAACUGCCUCGGGAAGAACCAUCGAAGAGCGAGCAAAACCGAGGCAGCCUCGCACACAGGUCCACCAAGUCCGACAGCACGAACACCGUGAGCAGCGACCUAAUAAAAAUAAGCCAGAAGAGCGAGGAGUGGGAGCAACCAAAGAAAUGGAGCUUCUCCCUUCUCCUCACAAAUAUAAAAUCCAUGGUACUGACAAACUACAUUUAUGUAGCCAAGAGAUGCGGCAUCCCCAACCAGCCCAACAAACCAGGACCAGUGCUUGCCAUCAGUGUAGAAAAAGAAAACACAAAUGAAGUGAAAAACAUUAUCGUGCAAACCCCAUGCGCGUACGAAAAGUAUACACUGAAAGGAAAAUUAAUUCAACACAAGACGCUGUACCCUUGUACAGUCACCUGUAUGAUGUAUGGCAGCAUCGGAGGAAUCGGGAAGACGGUCAUUUUAGGCCUGCAAAAUGGGUUCAUACUGGUUUAUAAGAGCAUUGAAUUUGAGUGCAUCCUCAAAUUGAAUACAAAGGAAUGUCUGGAGAAAUAUCUUAAGAGCUCUUCUGCUUCGUCUGCUAUGAAGCGUUUUAAUAAUACCCACGUGAAGAGUGCCCUGAUGGAUAGGUAUAGUGGGACGAAUGUACAGAAACAGUCGGGUAACUUUGGCACUCGCGGUGGUAAUACGAACGAUGGAGAAGACUACAACGAUCUGUCCUAUCAGAUUUCCGGACUCUCCGUCAAGUCCACCUUUGCCAAUUUUAUCCACUGGAUCAUCGCGGGGAACAUGCAGGGCUACAUCUUCGUGUGGGAGGUUCCCAGUGGGAACAUCAUCAAGAUUCUUAUGCAUCCGCACCACCUCUUCGGCCAUGUAAAGGGGGGCUCGCGCGACAGCGAUGAUGGGAGUGGUAGCAGUGAUGAUGGGAGUGGUAGCAGCGAUGAUGGGAGUGGUAGCAGUGAUGAUGGGAGUGGUAGCAGCGAUGAUGGGAGUGAUGGAAGUGAUGAUGGGAGUGGUAGCAGUGAUGAUGGGAGUGGUAGCAGUGAUGAUCGGAGUGGUAGCAGCGAUGAUGGGAGUGGUAGCAGCGAUGAUAGCAGUGACAAUUUCCAUCGCGCAGGCCGCACCAAUAAUCGUCCAGGAAAGCGAAAAAAGAAAAAGAAGAAGAAAAAGAGAAAAAACAUCCCAAAACGCAGCAACGGUGGGGGGGGUCAGCAGGAGCAGGAGGAAAAACAAGACCAAGACGAAGUAGAAGACGAAGCAGACUCCUUCACCCUCGAAGACGACGACUCCUGCAGCAAGCCGGACUAUGAAGAAAACUCCAGCGACUUCCCCGGCGGCAGCUACUUGAGCGACUCGGACGAGUAUUGCAACUCCACCGAUCAAGACAACGGCAGAAGAGGGGGUGGCGCCGCCGCCAUAGGAAUAUUACGUUCGAGGGGAAAGAAAAGAAAAAAAAAAAAAAAACAAAAAAAAAAAAAAAAAAAAAACAGAAAAGAGAAAAAUAUGCCAAACAAAUGCUACGUAUCAGCCAUAUUAGCAGUCACGCAUAAAUACGAACUGUGGGUCGCAUUCGGAAGUGGAUAUAUAGCCGUGUACGAUUUAUAUGACUUCCAGUUGCUUCUCUACACCUGCAUAUCCAAAAGCCCCAUCAUGGACUUAAAGUACUCCAAGCUCUUGGAAGACGUCUUUUUACUAAUAGGCAAUAAUUACAUUUCUGUAUGGGACACAAAAACGCUCAAGCAGAUUAAGAAGCUCCCCACGAGCCACGUCACGAAAACGUCUUCCCUGUCUACUUUAUACCUUCUAGAACGUCCAACUGUUUGGAAAAACAGGAAAAUCGUUUUGAUUGCCGGUUGUAAUGAUGGAUCCAUCUCGGUGACAAAUGUUACGAAGAAGUUGGAUGGAGAUUUGACCUUUUCUUAUGUCCGGACAUAUGAGAAACACUUCGAGCCUUAUGUCCCCAUCAGUUACAUCUGCAUCCACCCCAGUAUCAAUGCGGCCUUCGUCGGGGACGCCAGUGGCGUCGUCUUUACGCUCCCCAGAAUUCUGAACACGCUCAAGCACGACGAUGCGCAAAGGUGA